CAAUAAACUGUAUGAAUGUAGGUCCAUUAUUUGCUUUUAGUCAUUUUAAAGUAUAAAAACAUUUUAUUUUUGUAUUUUUCCUUAAACCAGCAGCGGGCAGGAUUGGUCCCCAUCGCGGGCGGGAUCCAGGCCGUAUGUUUGACACCCCUGCUCUAUGCCCGUUAGACAUUGUCAUGUACCAUAAUUGUAGUGAUUUAGGGUGGAACACAUCUGUGAGGGGCAUUGAACCAGUGAUCCACAGGGCAGGCACACUACAUCCAGACUGAGAACCAGGCUUAUACAACCUUAUAAGGUCCUUUGAGCUCUGCUCCACCUAGAUGUUUACAUCACCAGUCAUUAUCCCUGGUAUAGAAGCUCUUAAUCUCCUGUCUGGCUGGAGAAGGUUAAUCAUUGACCCUGUUAGACAAAUGGCUCUGAUGAUGGUCUGUGUUCUAUCUGGGGCCUGACCAUUGGCCCACAACAUGACACGUUCACCAGAUAAACACAGUCUCCUGCAGAGCCAUACAACAGCAUGAUGUUGGCCCUUAACAUUUCACCCCCUUUGGUCAAGGUUUGGACUUAAGAAUGAUACACUGAUCCUAAAUAUGUGCCUGUAGGUAACCUCGACCAGGAGCAACAGGCUAUCAGAAUUUAAGAACUUAACUUACCUAUCAGCAUGGUAUAGGGCUAUAAAACUGGAUUAUAAGGUCAAGGUACACAGUCAAAUGAUGAAGCACACGGCUAGAUACAUAACCUAUGCUUUGUUCAUGCUAGUCGGGUUUAUCUUGUUUUAUAUUUGAACAUAAACAACUAGGGGUGUGGGAACGAUGCAGCUCUCAAAUUAGAAUCACCGCCUAAUACAACGUCGUCCUUAUCAGAUACAAUGGAACAACAAACAUUCUACACCCACAUUCUUGACUUAUCGUAUCUGAUCUGGUUAUUAAGACCAGGGAGAUACAGCAACAUGGAAUAAAUAUAGGAGUAAUAUGGUUAUUAAGACCAGGGAGAUACAGCAACAUGGAAUAAAUAUAGGAUGAAUAUGGUUAUUAAGGCCAGGGAGAUACAGCAACAUGGAAUAAAUAUAGAAGGAAUAUGGUUAUUAAGGCCAGGGAGAUACAGCAACAUGGAAUAAAUAUAGGAGGAAUAUGGUUAUUAAGGCCAGGGAGAUACAGCAACAUGGAAUAAAUAUAGGAGGAAUAUGGUUAUUAAGGCCAGGGAGAUACAGCAACAUGGAAUAAAUAUAGGAGGAAUAUGGUUAUUAAGACCAGGGAGAUACAGCAACAUGGAAUAAAUAUAGGAGGAAUAUGGUUAUUAAGGCCAGGGAGAUACAGCAACAUGGAAUAAAUAUAGGAGGAAUAUGGUUAUUAAGGCCAGGGAGAUACAGCAACAUGGAAUAAAUAUAGGAGGAAUAUGGUUAUUAAGGCCAGGGAGAUACAGCAACAUGGAAUAAAUAUAGGAGGAAUAUGGUUAUUAAGACCAGGGAGAUACAGCAACAUGGAAUAAAUAUAGGAGGAAUAUGGUUAUUAAGGCCAGGGAGAUACAGCAACAUGGAAUAAAUAUAGGAGGAAUAUGGUUAUUAAGACCAGGGAGAUACAGCAACAUGGAAUAAAUAUAGGAGGAAUAUGGUUAUUAAGACCAGGGAGAUACAGCAACAUGGAAUAAAUAUAGGAGGAAUAUGGUUAUUAAGACCAGGGAGAUACAGCAACAUGGAAUAAAUAUAGGAGGAAUAUGGUUAUUAAGACCAGGGAGAUACAGCAACAUGGAAUAAAUAUAGGAGGAAUAUGGUUAUUAAGACCAGGGAGAUACAGCAACAUGGAAUAAAUAUAGGAGGAAUAUGGUUAUUAAGACCAGGGAGAUACAGCAACAUGGAAUAAAUAUAGGAGGAAUAUGGUUAUUAAGACCAGGGAGAUACAGCAACAUGGAAUAAAUAUAGGAGGAAUAUGGUUAUUAAGACCAGGGAGAUACAGCAACAUGGAAUAAAUAUAGGAGGAAUAUGGUUAUUAAGACCAGGGAGAUACAGCAACAUGGAAUAAAUAUAGGAGGAAUAUGGUUAUUAAGACCAGGGAGAUACAGCAACAUGGAAUAAAUAUAGGAGGAAUAUGGUUAUUAAGACCAGGGAGAUACAGCAACAUGGAAUAAAUAUAGGAGGAAUAUGGUUAUUAAGACCAGGGAGAUACAGCAACAUGGAAUAAAUAUAGGAGGAAUAUGGUUAUUAAGGCCAGGGAGAUACAGCAACAUGGAAUAAAUAUAGGAGGAAUAUGGUUAUUAAGGCCAGGGAGAUACAGCAACAUGGAAUAAAUAUAGGAGGAAUAUGGUUAUUAAGGCCAGGGAGAUACAGCAACAUGGAAUAAAUAUAGGAGGAAUAUGGUUAUUAAGGCCAGGGAGAUACAGCAACAUGGAAUAAAUAUAGGAGGAAUAUGGUUAUUAAGGCCAGGGAGAUACAGCAACAUGGAAUAAAUAUAGGAGGAAUAUGGUUAUUAAGGCCAGGGAGAUACAGCAACAUGGAAUAAAUAUAGGAGGAAUAUGGUUAUUAAGGCCAGGGAGAUACAGCAACAUGGAAUAAAUAUAGGAGGAAUAUGGUUAUUAAGGCCAGGGAGAUACAGCAACAUGGAAUAAAUAUAGGAGGAAUAUGGUUAUUAAGGCCAGGGAGAUACAGCAACAUGGAAUAAAUAUAGGAGGAAUAUGGUUAUUAAGGCCAGGGAGAUACAGCAACAUGGAAUAAAUAUAGGAGGAAUAUGGUUAUUAAGGCCAGGGAGAUACAGCAACAUGGAAUAAAUAUAGGAGGAAUAUGGUUAUUAAGGCCAGGGAGAUACAGCAACAUGGAAUAAAUAUAGGAGGAAUAUGGUUAUUAAGGCCAGGGAGAUACAGCAACAUGGAAUAAAUAUAGGAGGAAUAUGGUUAUUAAGGCCAGGGAGAUACAGCAACAUGGGAUAAAUAUAGGAGGACGGGCUGAUUCUGUGCUAUAGCCUUGUGAAAGACCUUUAAAGUCCAUUUAGGCUAAACGUUAUGAGAAGAGGAGGACUGCGAAAUAUAAGGAAAAUAAAUGUUCUCAAAAUUGCAACAGUGAAGGGUGUGUUUGUGUGUAUGCAGGUAUGUGUGCCCUCCAGCUGUAGUUGAACUAUGCCUGGAUAGAAGGAACACUGUUUGUGUGAGAGUGAGUAUUGAUAUUAUGCAGAACAUUGACAGAACAGCCAGUACAUUCCUCAUGACUAUCUAUUAAUCCACACUCUCAUUCAUUCUUAAAUAUAACAUCCAUCCAGUCACCAGAGAGUUUUGGUAAUUCUCUUCUUUUCCGUCACUAGGCUUUUGUCAGCAUUCCUACUUUUUAAAUAAUGCCUCAUGAUCCACCCUGAUUCCUCAUGUUUACUGAGCUCACCCAUCCCUCCACAUUACCUCGCUAUGGAGAAUGUGACAUCACUGUCUGGAACUGUGCAAGACAUGACCUUCUGACUCAUCUAUGAGGAGGAACCAGAAACAGUCUUCCCACCACCAGGAACUAGUAGAAGAAGCAUCAACUCACACACUAAACAAGACAACCUCAUUCCAUUUCCACACUAUAGGAAGCAGUAACUCACACACUAAACAAGACAACCUCAUUCCAUUUCCACACUAUAGGAAGCAGUAACUCAGACACUAAACAAGACAACCUCAUUCCAUUUCCACACUAUAGGAAGCAGUAACUCACACACUAAACAAGACAACCUCAUUCCAUUUCCACACUAUAGGAAGCAGUAACUCAGACACUAAACAAGACAACCUCAUUCCAUUUCCACACUAUAGGAAGCAGUAACUCACACACUAAACAAGACAACCUCAUUCCAUUUCCACACUAUAGGAAGCAGUAACUCACACACUAAACAAGACAACCUCAUUCCAUUUCCACACUAUAGGAAGCAGUAACUCAGACACUAAACAAGACAACCUCAUUCCAUUUCCACACUAUAGGAAGCAGUAACUCAGACACUAAACAAGACAACCUCAUUCCAUUUCCACACUAUAGGAAGCAGUAACUCACACACUAAACAAGACAACCUCAUUCCAUUUCCACACUAUAGGAAGCAGUAACUCAGACACUAAACAAGACAACCUCAUUCCAUUUCCACACUAUAGGAAGCAGUAACUCAGACACUAAACAAGACAACCUCAUUCCAUUUCCACACUAUAGGAAGCAGUAACUCAGACACUAAACAAGACAACCUCAUUCCAUUUCCACACUAUAGGAAGCAGUAACUCAGACACUAAACAAGACAACCUCAUUCCAUUUCCACACUAUAGGAAGCAGUAACUCAGACACUAAACAAGACAACCUCAUUCCAUUUCCACACUAUAGGAAGCAGUAACUCAUGCAGGUCUUGUUGCUAAGUAUGUAUGUUGCUAGGGUAGAAAGUACUACUCCCUCAGUAAAGAUGAAUAGGUACAUGCCUAGAACUCAUUCCACAGGAAACCAUAACUCUGUCAUCAUUUGUACAGAUUUAUCACCUAGUACCCCCAGAGGAAAGAACAGACAAUGCUCAUAACACUUUCUUUAUUUACCCGUGUGCACAUCUUAUUUACCCGUGUGGAGGUCCUAUUUACCCGUGUGGAGGUCCUAUUUACCCGUGUGGAGGUCUUAUUUACCCGUGUGGAGGUCUUAUUUACCCGUGUGCACGUCUUAUUUACCCGUGUGGAGGUCCUAUUUACCCCUGUGGAGGUCCUAUUUACCCGUGUGAAGGUCCUAUUUACCCGUGUGAAGGUCCUAUUUACCCGUGUGAAGGUCCUAUUUACCCGUGUGGAGGUCCUAUUUACCCGUGUGGAGGUCUUAUUUACCCGUGUGGAGGUCUUAUUUACCCGUGUGCACGUCCUAUUUACCCGUGUGGAGGUCUUAUUUACCCGUGUGGAGGUCCUAUUUACCCGUGUGCAGGUCCUAUUUACCCGUGUGCAGGUCCUAUUUACCCGUGUGGAGGUCCUAUUUACCCGUGUGGAGGUCUUAUUUACCCGUGUGGAGGUCUUAUUUACCCGUGUGGAGGUCUUAUUUACCCGUGUGGAGGUCUUAUUUACCCGUGUGGACGUCCUAUUUACCCGUGUGCACGUCCUAUUUACCCGUGUGCACAUCCUAUUUACCCGUGUGCACGUCUUAUUUACCCGUGUGCACGUCUUAUUUACCCGUGUGCACGUCUUAUUUACCCGUGUGCACGUCCUAUUUACCCGUGUGAACGUCCUAUUUUCUCCGUGUGCACGUCCUAUUUACCCGUGUGCACGUCCUAUUUUCUCCGUGUGCACGUCCUAUUUACCCGUGUGCACGUCCUAUUUACCCGUGUGCACGUCCUAUUUACCCGUGUGCACGUCCUAUUUACCCGUGUGCACGUCCUAUUUACCCGUGUGCACGUCCUAUUUACCCGUGUGCACGUCCUAUUUACCCGUGUGCACGUCCUAUUUACCCGUGUGCACGUCUUAUUUACCCGUGUGCACGUCUUAUUUACCCGUGUGCACGUCUUAUUUACCCGUGUGCACGUCCUAUUUACCCGUGUGCACGUCCUAUUUUCUCCGUGUGCACGUCCUAUUUACCCGUGUGCACGUCCUAUUUACCCGUGUGCACGUCCUAUUUACCCGUGUGCACGUCCUAUUUACCCGUGUGCACGUCCUAUUUACCCGUGUGCUCGUCUUAUUUACCCGUGUGCAGGUCUUAUUUACCCGUGUGCACGUCCUAUUUACCCGUGUGCACGUCCUAUUUACCCGUGUGCACGUCCUAUUUACCCGUGUGCACGUCCUAUUUACCCGUGUGCACGUCUUAUUUACCCGUGUGCAGGUCUUAUUUACCCGUGUGCACGUCCUAUUUACCCGUGUGCACGUCUUAUUUACCCGUGUGCAGGUCUUAUUUACCCGUGUGCAGGUCUUACAGCUUCUCUUCAACUGGAAUCCCUUUUGUCCUAGCGUUUACUCUAGGCCAUCUGUUGUAUUCCCUUCUGACUGUAACACUGCACCAGUGAUUGUAUAGGAAUGUCUCAGAGAAUGUUUGUUCUCUGCUCCCUCGUUUUCUGACGUGUCUCUCGCUGUACCUGACCCCUUGUUCCUCAUUCCUCACCCCUCACUGCACACAUCACACCUGAACUCAGGUAUGGGAAUCAGACCACUCCGGAGGUUAACUGGAGACAGAUUUAUAAGGUUUAACACACACAGAAGCACACACACAGACGCACACACACACACACACACACACACUCACACACAGACACAUGUACACACACACAGUAAGAUUGGUUAUGGACGGUUCAUUCUCUCCUAUGGAAUGCAGUACAGAGGAAGAGGGUUUUCUCCCAUAGGUGCUAGGUGAUGUGGUACUGACUGGAACGUAGGUGCUGGGUGAUGUGGUACUGACUGGAACGUAGGUGCUAGGUGAUGUGGUACUGACUGGAACGUAGGUGCUGGGUGAUGUGGUACUGACUGGAACGUAGGUGCUGGGUGAUGUGGUACUGACUUGAACGUAGGUGCUGGGUGAUGUGGUACUGACUGGAACGUAGGUGCUGGGUGAUGUGGUACUGACUGGAACGUAGGUACUAGGUGAUGUGGUACUGACUGGAACGUAGGUGCUAGGUGAUGUGGUACUGACUGGAACGUAGGUGCUAGGUGAUGUGGUACUGACUGGAACGUAGGUGCUAGGUGAUGUGGUACUGACUGGAACAUAGGUGCUGGGUGAUGGGGUACUGACUGGAACGUAGGUGCUGGGUGAUGUGGUACUGACUGGAAUGUAGGUACUAGGUGAUGUGGUGCUGACUGGAAUGUAGGUGCUGGGUGAUGUGGUACUGACUGGAACGUAGGUGCUGGGUGAUGUGGUACUGACUGGAACGUAGGUGCUGGGUGAUGUGGUACUGACUGGAACGUAGGUACUAGGUGAUGUGGUACUGACUGGAACGUAGGUACUAGGUGAUGUGGUACUGACUGGAACGUAGGUACUAGGUGAUGUGGUACUGACUGGAACGUAGGUACUAGGUGAUGUGGUACUGACUGGAAUGUAGGUGCUGGGUGAUGUGGUACUGACUGGAACGUAGGUGCUGGGUGAUGUGGUACUGACUGGAACGUAGGUGCUGGGUGAUGUGGUACUGACUGGAACGUAGGUACUAGGUGAUGUGGUACUGACUGGAACGUAGGUACUAGGUGAUGUGGUACUGACUGGAACGUAGGUACUAGGUGAUGUGGUACUGACUGGAACGUAGGUACUAGGUGAUGUGGUACUGACUGGAACAUAGGUGCUGGGUGAUGUGGUACUGACUGGAAUGUAGGUGCUGGGUGAUGUGGUACUGACUGGAACGUAGGUGCUGGGUGAUGUGGUACUGACUGGAACGUAGGUGCUGGGUGAUGUGGUACUGACUGGAACGUAGGUGCUGGGUGAUGUGGUACUGACUUGAACGUAGGUGCUAGGUGAUGUGGUACUGACUUGAACGUAGGUGCUAGGUGAUGUGGUACUGACUUGAACGUAGGUGCUGGGUGAUGUGGUACUGACUGGAACGUAGGUACUAGGUGAUGUGGUACUGAUACCUGCUCCACUACCUCGUUUCCAGCUCUCUCAGGUUCCAUUUAUGACAGAGGAGGGACAGUACUGGACGCUGAGCUCUUACUGACAUGUCUGUGUUGAUGUUGUUUAUAUGGGUCUCUAUUCCACUCUCCUAUCAACUGGUGUAAGCAGGUAGUCUGCUGUUUCCAGUGUAGGGGUGGAAAGAGUCAUUCAGCCUCUAUCACACAGCUCUCCCUCUAUUCCUUUGUUCUGCUUUGCCUGUCUCUCCCUCUCUCUCUACUCUCUACUCCAUCUCUCUCUACUCUCUCUCUGUCUCUACUCUCAA